AAGAGCCCUAAAAAGCUUGCGUAUUCCUUUGUUGCAAGACGGAACCAAAAACACAUCAAAGAAGCUUUGCCAGCAAUACUAGCUUACCAACGAGUUUGGGCAGCGGUAUACUCAAAGAAGUUAGAAUUAAAAGCAACUCUGUGAGGAUUCCACUAAGCAAGAAUUCAGAAUUGAAUAUCUCGAGUCUUUUCGUGGUUGCUGAAGGGAUUGAAUGAAAGAACCCGGAUUCCAAUAUGGAGACGCUAGAGAGAAUUCAACCAAACAGGCAAGUGAUGGCCUUUAUUUUGAUGGUGUUCUUGUCUCAGACUCGCCCCGAGCCUAUUCGUUAUUCUGUGCUGGAAGAAACAGAGAGCGGCUCCUUUGUAGCCCAUCUGACCAGGGAUCUGGGCCUGGGAAUUGGGGAACUGGCCGCCCGGUCGGCCCGGGUGGUGUGUGACGAUGACAAGCAGCGCUUGCAGCUGGAUCGUCAGACGGGAAAUUUGCUUUUGAGGGAGAAACUAGACCGGGAGGAGCUAUGUGGCCCCAUUGAACCGUGUGUACUGUAUUUCCAAGUGUUCCUGGAAACGCCGGUGCAAUUUUUUGAUGGAGAAUUAUCAAUCCAGGACAUAAAUGACCACUCCCCAAUAUUCCCGAAUAGGGAAAUUCUCUUGAAAAUACCAGAAAACAGCCAGCCAGGGGCUAUAUUUCCGUUGAAAUUAGCUCAGGAUUUGGAUGUGGGCAGUAAUGGUCUUCAAAAAUACACUAUCAGCCCCAAUUCUCAUUUUCGCGUUCUCACUCGAAAUCAUAGUGAGGGCAAGAAAUACCCAGAUUUGGUGCAGGACAAAGCGCUGGAUCGAGAGGAGCAGCCUGAGUUCAGCUUGACCCUCAUGGCGCUGGACGGCGGGGCUCCACCCAGAUCUGGCACCACCAUGGUGAGAAUCCUGAUCAUGGACGUCAAUGACAAUGCUCCUGAGUUUGUGCACACUCCAUAUGAGGCGCAGGUCCUGGAAAACAGCCCCCUAGACUCCCCAGUACUUACUGUUUUAGCUAGGGAUGUAGACGCUGGAAGCUUCGGGAGUGUUUCCUACGGCUUGUUCCAAGCAUCAGACGAAAUUAAACAAACUUUCUCAAUAAAUGAAGUCACAGGAGAAAUCAGACUGACAAAAAAAUUGGAUUUUGAACAAAUUAAAUCUUACCAAGUGGAAAUUGAGGCUACAGAUGGAGGAGGCCUUUCUGGAAAAGGCACUGUAGUCAUAGAGGUGGUGGAUGUGAACGACAACGCCCCUGAACUUACCAUAUCUUCACUCACCAGCUCCAUCCCAGAAAACGCUCCUGAGACCGUAGUUUCUAUCUUCCGAAUUCGAGAUAGAGAUUCUGGAGACAAUGGAAAGAUGAUUUGCUCUAUUCCAGAUAAUCUGCCAUUCAUUCUAAAACCAACUUUCAAGAAUUUCUACACCUUGGUAACAGAAGGAGCGCUGGAUAGAGAGAGCAGAGCCGAGUACAACAUCACUAUCACCGUCACCGACAUGGGAUCCCCCAGGCUGAAAACCGAGCACAGCAUAACCGUGCUGGUCUCCGACGUCAAUGACAACGCCCCCGCCUUCACCCAAACCUCCUACACCCUGCGGGUCCGCGAGAACAACAGCCCCGCCCUGCACAUCGGCAGCGUCAGCGCCACAGACGCAGACGCGGGCGCCAACGCCCAGGUCACCUACUCGCUGCUGCCGCCCCACGACCCGCACCUGCCCCUCGCCUCCCUCGUGUCCAUCAACGCGGACAACGGGCACCUGUUCGCCCUGCGGUCCCUGGACUACGAGGCCCUGCAGGCCUUCGAGUUCGGCGUGGGCGCCACAGACCGAGGCUCGCCGGCGCGGAGCAGCCAGGCGCUGGUGCGCGUGCUGGUGCUGGACGACAACGACAACUCGCCCUUCGUGCUCUACCCGCUGCAGAACGGCUCGGCGCCCUGCACCGAGCUGGUGCCCAGGGCGGCCGAGGCGGGCUACCUGGUGAGCAAGGUGGUGGCGGUGGACGGCGACUCGGGCCAGAACGCCUGGCUGUCGUACCAGCUGCUCAAGGCCACGGAGCCCGGGCUGUUCGGCGUGUGGGCGCACAACGGCGAGGUGCGCACGGCCAGGCCGCCGAGCGAGCGCGACGCGCCCAAGCACAGGCUGCUGGUGCUGGUCAAGGACAACGGCGAGCCGCCGCGCUCGGCCAGCGUCACGCUGCACGUGCUGCUGGUGGACGGCUUCUCGCAGCCCUACCUGCCGCUGCCGGAGGCGGCGGCCGAGCAGGCGCAGGCCGACCCGCUCACCGUCUACUUGGUCAUCGCCCUGGCCGCGGUGUCGUCGCUCUUCCUCUUCUCGGUGCUCGCGUUCAUCGCGGUGCGGCUGUGCGGGAGGAGCAGGGCCGCCUCGCUGGGUCGCUGCUCGGUGGCUGAGGGCCACUUUCCGGGCCACCUGGUGGACGUCAGCGGCACCGGGACCCUGUCCCAGAGCUACCAGUAUGAGGUGUGUCUGACAGGAGACCCUGGGACUGUGAUCAGGAAUGAGACAAGGAUGCCUGCCUUAUUGUUUCACUUCAGUGUUUUACUAGAGGUCCUAACCAGUGGAAUAAGGCAAAGGAAAAAUAAAAGACACAAUGAUUGGAAGGUAAGAAAUAAGAAUGUCUGUUUAAAAAAAUGACAUGAUUGUAUACACAAAAAGUCAUAAAGAAUCCACAGACUAUUAGAAUUAAUAAAGGAAGUUAGCAAUGCCACUAGAUAUAAGGUCAGCAUACAAAUAUAAAUUGUAUUUCUAUAUGGCAACAAAACCCAGAAAAUUAAAAAUUUCAGGUAUCAUUUACAAUAGUUUUAAAAAUACCAAUAUCUAGAAACAAAUCUAACGGAAUAUGUAUAAGACUUCUACACUGAAAAAUAUAAAAUAUUACUGAGAAAAGUUAAAGAUCUAAACAAAUAGAGGGAUAUAUAAUGUUCAAUAGUUGGAAGAUUCAAUGUUGGGAAUAUGUCAAUUCUCCCCAAUAAAAUCUGAAACAAAAUUUCAGCAGAUUUCUGUGUGAAAAUUGGCAAGCUGAAUCUAAAGUUUAUGUGGAAAUACAAAAGAAUAAUAACCAAAGAAAUCUUGAAGAAAAAGAAUAAAACUAGAGAAUUUAUCUAUCAGAUAAUAAAACCCAUUAUAAAGCUGUAGUAAUUAAGACAAUAUGGUAUUACAGGAUAAACCAAGAGAAAAAUUGAUAAAAAGAGUCGAGCAGACCUAUGGUCAUCUGAUUUGUGACAAAAUGACACCAGAAACAAAGGGGUGCAAAGUCAUUUGGAUAUUUAUAUGAAAAAAAUAAUUUUUACUCUAAUCUCAUUCAUAUGAAAAAAUUAAUUUCAGGAGGAUUAUAGCUUUUACUUGAAAAGUCAAGUAAUUAAUUUUUCAAAAACACCAUACAAGAAUAUUUUCAUUAUCUUGGGGUAUGCAAAGAUUUAAAGAGAACACCAAAAUCCUAACCAUAAAUUUAAAAUAUUGACAAAUUAGACUAAAUUAAAGUUGUUUGUUCAUCAAAGAUACCAUAAGAGAGUUAAAAUCCAAACCACAGAGUGGGAGAAGAUAUUUGCAAUACAUACUUCUGAAAAAGUACUUAUACCCAGAACAUAUAAGGAACUUCUAAAGAUCGAUAAGAAAAAAAAGGCAAAUGCCCUAAAUAGAAAAAUAGACAAAAGACUUAACAAGCACUUCACAAGAAUGUACCCUAAUGGCCAAUAAACAUGCAAAAAUGUGCUCAAUUUAAUUAAUCAUCAGGGAAGUGCUAAUUAAAGUUACACAGCAGUUAAAAUUAAAAGACAAUAUCAAAUGUUGACAAGGAUCUGGAGAAACUGGAACUCGCAUUCUUUGCUGAUUUGGAUAAAACUUCAUUUGAUAACUGUUUUUGCAAUAUCUGCUAAAGCUAAAUAUAGGUGCACAUCUUAACACACAGCAAUCUAGCUCCUAGGAAUAUAUUCAACAUAAAUGCAGACAUACACACCAAAAGAGGUACAAGAAUGUUCAUAGCAGCACUACUAAAAUAUCCCCCAACUGGAUAUUCCCAAAUAUCCAUCCCAAUGUCCAUCAACUGGAGAAUGGAUAAACAAAUCAUAGUACAAUCAUACAAUAGAAUAAUGUAAAGCAAGGAGAAUAAAAUAAAUUAGAACAAUGUGCAACAGAUGAAUUUUACAAGUGUAAUGUUGAGCAAAAGAAGCCAGUCAUGAAGAAGUAAUAUUCUAUAAUUCCAUUUGUACAAAAGUUCGGAAAGAAGACCAAAAAAACCUUUAUGAUAGAAGUCAGGAGAGUGCUUACCUCUAGGGGGGAGGCUAGUGACCAGACAAUGAAGGGAAAGAGCUUCUAGGGUUUUGGUAACAUUUUAGUUUUAAUUUAGGUUCUGCUCAGAGGAAUGUGUUCACUUGGUGAAAAUUCAUUGAGUUCUACACUUAUAAUUUGUGCCCUUUUCUGAUGUAUGUUAUAUUUCAAAAUAAAGAUCAUUUUCGUAAAACUGUAAACUUUUGUAA